AUGGGGCUGUUGUCCUUCCAAGCGCUCAGCGAUGGCGAGCUCCUUACAGCUUGUUUUAUGCAAAAAGAAUGGCAGAAGGAAGCGGCCCGGAGCACGCACACAUGGAGUUCACCAAGGUUACACAGCGAGGAGCAACAGGGUCAGGACUUGGAACCAGAGCGUGCGCUCCUUACCACCAGGCUGCACUCACCCUCUGUCUCUGUCUCCAGGGUGGAUGAGACACAGCCGUGGCCCUCCAGGGGCACGGAGCCUCAGAAGGAAACAGAGAAGGUGGCUCACGCCCUGGGGCCGACCCCCUUCCCGGAUCCCCACUGGCGCACAACCCUGUGGACAGAGUGUGCUGGCGACAUUAGGAGCCAGAGCGUGGGCUGGCUAGGACCAAGUUUCCAGAAGAGACACAAAACAGAGGCUGCCCUUGUCCCCCUCUUCAUGAUCCGUGAGUGGAGCCCCCGAAUCCCAGCACUAGACCGGAGGGGCGGGGGGCGGGGGGGCGUGUGUGCGCUGAGACCUGCUGCCUACCAGGCAGAAUUUGCCAAGUGUUUUCCUGCCCUGAAGGAGCCACUUGAACAUGGCCGCAGAUGUAAAAUGGAAAUUGAAGUGUCUCUCCAGGCCACCGUACAGGGAUAA